GAUGUGUGAAACAUACGUAACAUCACCGGUUGUCUUCGACUCCCGACGCGUUCUUUUAGCCGUCGCGCAGCCCGUGGCCGUGGACCCGAGAGGAGCCGAGGCCGCCAUCCAAGUGCUGAACAACCAGUUCUACCGAAUGCAACCGUCGUUGCUGAAGCUAACUGUCGUUAGCUUAGCUGACAUAGCCGGUGGGCCACAGCUGUUUAGCGAGUGAGCUUCAACUUCACCGAACUGACUCAUCCAGGCGGGUUAAGCCCCUGCUCGGGUCAAGGACGGACUUUGAAGCCCGCCCGGUUACGGUUCCGGGCUCGCUAGCUGUUGCAAGCGACGCUAAGACCACCGCAGAGUGCGGGUCGAUCAUUAGCCAGUCCGACUUCCGUGUGUCGUUCGAGGUCACUCUGUGGCGAUCGGAAGGUAGACGACGGUCACCGAGUAGAGCAGCCAUGAAAAGCCUUCCGUACUUCUGCCGAGGAGAGGUCAUCCGAGGCUUCGGGAGGGGGAGCAAAGAGCUGGGGAUUCCCACAGCCAACUUCCCACACUCCGUAGUGGACAAUCUUCCAGCUGAUAUCAGCACAGGAAUCUACUACGGCUGGGCCUGCGUGGCCAAUGGGGAUGUCCACAAAAUGGUGAUGAGCAUUGGCUGGAAUCCUUACUACAAAAACACCAAGAAGUCCAUGGAGACACACGUGAUUCACACGUUCAAAGAGGACUUUUAUGGGGAGAUUCUCAGUGUUGUCAUGGUGGGCUACAUCCGUCCAGAGAGAAGCUAUGACUCUCUUGAAGCCCUCAUUGCAGCCAUCAACAACGACAUUGAGGAGGCCAAGGUCAACCUGGAGCUCCCGGAGCAUCUCAAACUGAGAGAAGACAACUUCUUCACCAGCGCUUCCACCUCAUCUUCAGCCCUCCCCAGCACUACAGAAUCCACGUCACAGACUAUUAUUAAUGGUCACUGACACCUGGCUGUGUCCGCAGCACACACGUACACGCACACGCACACACACGCACACGCACACACACAAAUACACACAAAUACACACACAGGAACAACACAAAGAUUUCUGCAUACACACAGGUUUGUCUCAUUCUGUGUCUCCUUCACCAUUGCUUCUGAAAGACUAUUGGAUUGUUUGAGACAUGAUCAAUGAUGUUCAUCUGUAUAUAUUCACCAUCCAGGGUUGCUGUAUGCAACUCUUGGAUAUUAUGACUUCUGAUGUAUAUUUGGAAUCUUUUAAACAACUAACAAAAACAGUUCUUGAGACGAGGGUUACAAAAAAACUGCUUUGUGAUCAUCUUUAUUUAAACAAUGACACAAAUAUUGACCAUAAACGUGUGAACACUGUCUAGACAAGGUUAUAGAUAUGUUACUUUGAGUCCUUUUCUAUGAAGAUGUAUUAUUCUGUGUCACAUGGUUAGAAAGAAAGUCUGGGCAUUAUUAUCUGUAACAAAAACACCGGUGGCAGAGUUAGAUGACCUGAUGCAACUUUGUGGCUCAAUGCAAGGCAUCUCUGUGAUGAUGGGGAGAUAAAAUAAUGAGAUUAUGUAAUGGUGUUGAAAGUAUGUCUUCCUAUCCUUUCAUUUUCCUCCCGAUAUAAAAUGUCUUUUUACUGUUCACUGCCCUUAAAAUGAAUGAAACAGGUUGAAUUAGGGGGGUUUGAUGCAUUAGGCAGAAGAAACAAAAAUCUGUGUGCUUAUUAAGUAGAAAUAUUAAAUACUUGCACUGUUGUAAUUUAUUCGAUGAAAUGUGUACAAAAAUGUCUAAGCUUAGCACAAUUCCGACAUACAUUUAUAUACAUAUGUCGCGAGGACCAUUGAGGCUAUAGUAGCAAAUAAGUUCUUAUGCAUAUCGGUGAAGGUUCAGUGAAGGCAGCCGCCGCAAGUCGCCUGGUGCUCACUCCCACAGUCCACUUGUCUCUGUGGGUUUGUUACAGAUAGUAAAACAUUAAAAGGUGAGAUUAGAUGAAGAAGAAGAAUGUCCAUGUCUCCUGUUCCCUACUCUAAUCAUUAAAGAGGGCAAAAGUCUUUGAA